AUGUGUCACGCUAUAGUAUGGUACCACGCCCUCUGCCAACACCAAGACCAAUCCCAAACAACCACAAUUCCCUGCUUCUAUGCGACAGCAACGGGUUACGAUUGUCUACCGCAUUUCCAACCAAUUCUUGAUAUCCCUCUUUCAGGCGAGUGUUACAAUUGCAAAGGCGAGCGGAAGUGGCAGCAGAUGCAACGGAAAAAUGCAGAUGAAUUGCUGCCCGUGAUCGCUGACGCUGACAUGGAUGAGAUAGCAGAGUUUGAUAUUGAUGAGAUUGAUUCAGAGUGUCAUAUUCAAACACCAAACGAUGGGUAUAUGCAUAUGUGGAUUGGAGGUACUGAUAUACUUGCUACAGGAUCUCAUUCUGAUUUGAAUGGUGGGUUAGCGAACAGCUGGUAUGAGGCUCAUGAUGACGAUGGAUCAGAAGAAGAAGUUGAUCUAGAGGGUAUAGAGGACCUUCUGCCCUCGUCACCUUGUUCGGAGAUGGAGUUCGGACGAGAUGGAUGUGAGUCCGAUACAGAGGUCGAUUUCCCGGAUUCGCCUAUACUGGGUUAUGCAGGGUCUUGGGAUGUUAUUUUGCAGCAGUCGCGAAGUAGAAUACCAGUGUCCAAGAUUCCUGUUCCGGUGAGUCGAAAUAAGCUGCUAGAGCGUGAUUGGGAGGCGUAUGAGUUGGAAUUGUUCGAUCAGCUCACUUUCUGA